AUAUAUCAUAAUAUUUUAAUGGAAUAAUCUUUAGAGAGUAUUUUUUUAAAUUAUUACUUCUUCUAAUUAUCUCUCCCUAGUAUAUAUAUACAUGCCCUUGCACGAAAAGAUAACACAUAAAAACUAUUGAAUCCUUUACCAUUUCCAAUGUCGUCGUUGCAACUUUUAACACUUGUUCUUCUCGUAUCAACUGUCGCUAUCCCCGUCGUGACUUGCAGACAAUGGUGCAUGGCGAUGCCUGGUACCUCAGAUGAGCAGUUACAAGCCAACAUUGAUUUUGGUUGCAGCAACGGCGUCGAUUGUACACCGAUCCAACCUGGUGGAACUUGCUAUCACCCUAACACGUUAUUCGACCAUGCGUCGUAUGUCAUGAACGCUUAUUAUCAAAGCCAUGGGCGUAUCGAAGAUGCUUGUAGGUUCGGCCGUACUGGCUGUUUUACUUUUGCCGAUCCAAGUAAUGGCUCGUGUAUCUACUACACUUAAAGAAAGAAAACUCUUUGUGAGUGUAUAAAGAUUGUGCUAUUGAUUGUUUCUUUUGAAUAUGUAUUUUAUUUUGGGUUGCUGUAUAGUGUAUACCCAAACUAAAUUAUAA